UAUUACUCACUCCAGAAAUUGUUUUAAACAUAUUGGAAGCAACUAUCAUUAUUAUUUUAUGUCCAAAUCAAUUGUUUCUUUAGAUUCGAAGAAUUAUGAUUUUUAUCAUCCUAAGGAUCCCUGAUAAUGUCUACUGUACUUAUAACUAGGUUUUCUUUUAAAUGUCAUUUCAUUUGUCUUGAUUAGUGCAUUCCUUAUUAUCUUGUAAUCAAAUAAAACAGGAAUAUCUCCUAUAACUGUUGGAUGGAGGCAAUCUUUAGAUCUACAUGAAUAGACCUCUCAUGUUCCUGAAAUCGGAGUAUCUUCAAGACCUUUUGAUAUUCUUCUUUUCCAGGUUGAAAAUUUUAAAGUGAAAAUAACUGAUAGACAUUAUAUGGCAACAUGCAUUUUAAACAUCUGCUGUAUUCUCUUAAUAACCCUCAAAUCAAAAUCACUUCAUAUUUCCAUAAGAGAAUGAAGCUGGUGAUUAUUAUUGCUAUAUACAAGGUAUUUAUUUGUCUGAAGUAUUUUCACUUCCCUGGUCCUGUAAAGCUGUUGUUUUAAUCUCGCACUUAAAAAAUCACCCCUCCUCUCUCUAAUAUAGAUCUUAAAGAUUCUGAGUUUUUCUUUUACUGGCUAAUCAGAUAACUGAAUGUAAAUUAUCCAUAUAAUGCAAGACUAAAAAAUUUACAAUUGAUAACCAUUUUUAAGAAAUUAUUGUAAGCUUGGAUAUUUUCUGGUUUAUGCUCAACUUCAUUAAUCUAUAGUAGCAAACAAAAGCAAAUCAAAUUUGCUAUUUAUAUAUGCAAAUUUAUUCAUAUUUGUUAUGAUUUCACUUGUUUCUGAUAUGAUCAUUGGAUUUAAAUUGUGUUAUUGAGGAGCACUAUUUUUCUUUUCACUUAUCAAAAAAUUUAAAAGUCAUGCUAUGAAUUACCUUAUUUUUAGAAAUGAAAAUUAAUUUAGUAUAUAAUCUGGAAGUUAACUAUUUAAAUUUGAAUUUUUUUUAGCAAGGCAAUUCUUAAAAGUGUGAUAUUUAUAAACAUUUUUUGUAUUCAACUGUUCUUGAAAAAAUAUAUGUGGAUUUUGUAAUCUCUCAUUUAUUUAUGUUUCUCUGGGUUUAUUUACAUUGAAAUGGGCAUGUUAUUCUAAAUCCUCUAUUGUAAAGGAAACUGUUAAAUUAUCUUAAAUUUUUGAUGCAUGCUACUAAUUUCCCUCCUGAAAUUUGAUGGAUUAUGUUCUGUAUUCAAAAAGCUUUUUCUUCUUAUCUGACCUGUUAUUUCUCUAUUUUCAAAUAUUGUUCACAUUCUUUAGAAUUUAUUAAGCAUAUUACAGUGUAUCUGAAAUUAGUUGAUAGUUAUUCCUUUUUUCAUUUUUGUAAUGAUUAAAGCCUCUCAGAUCAACAUACACACAAGUCCAUCAUUGUGAUUAUUAACAGACAUUCCAUUCUACACUGCAAACUUUCUUUUGCUCGUGUUUCUAUUUUUGCCAAUGAGUUUACUAAUAUUUGACUUGAAUAGUUUCUGCCUAUUGUCAAACAUAUGGAUAGAAGAAAUAUUAUUGGGAAAAUCUAUAAAAAUUAGCAGCAUACAUUAAUGGCUGCAGAUGCCAUUGAAUAUUUAGUCUAUUUAGUGUUUAAAAUUGAGCGCUUAUUUGAACAUUGACAUUGGUUUUAGAAUCAGCAGCCUCAAGACACCCUAAAAAUAAAUUCUUUCUUGACAACAAAAUUUGCUUUUGAAUAGUAUUAACAUUAUAUUUAUUUCUUUCAACUUUCAGUUUAACAAAAAUUCACAUCUUUUUUUCCUAGAUUUAACUGAAUGCAUUUUGAAGUUCUCCACACUGAGACUGAAAAAAUCUGCCUGUGAAUAAAAUGCUUCAUCUGUCUUUCCUACCAGGCCUAAUGAUAUUGAAACUGUGUAUUCUCUGCAUGACUUGAGGCUGAAAAACACAAAAAUGAUGGUACUUCUGGAUUUGACUGGAGAAAAUUCAGACAUGUUUAGAACAUUGAAGAGUGAAAUGGGAGACAGACAGAUAACGAUGGCAGACGCAUUGGAGAAUUGGAUCAACAUGUUGGGCCCGGAUCAAGUCUGGAACCAUCAGUUGUGGGAGUACCUGCUUCAGAACGUGAUCAACCAUUGGAAGAUCAAGCCGCCAGCCAGCUCCGACUCAGAGCCAUUAAAAAUCUUGAUCCAGAGUGUUAUCAAUUUGCUAAAGACACACUAUUCGACUUGCUCGGAGAACCAUUUAGACUUCUACUUGCAACGUCUUUCGGCGCUACUCAGCGAUACGUCUCAGAAGUUCUUGUCCUGGGACGUGGUAAGAGACGUAGGCAACUACUGGAUUGGAUUUAAGGAAAUGGGCUUGAUUUCCCCGGAAAAUUUUAUGGGUACCUCGAAGAGGAAACGCACGUCCACAUCGUGCAUGGCUGUGCCUACUCCAACAGAAGUUGCCGUUGUAGAUGGAAAAACCACCCCAUUGUCAGAGAAUGCAUUAAGAAGUCUAUUCGACAAGCCAAGUUCCUCCGGCAAUUAAGCUGGAUCGACUGGGUCUAUGUUCUCUUAUAUUUCUUUGUGUCAAAACGGGGUCUCUUGAAGAAAAUUUGGAUUGACGGAAGAACUCGAAGACUACAGAGUAGCUCUGAAGAUCUACGAUGGUCGCUACUGUGUAAAAGAUCCAAAAUCCUUUUGGAAGGGAAAGGAGAAGGAGUUCGACGUAACUCUGGCUCGGAGAUCCCCAAUGAUGAAGAAGGUGAAUCAACUGUUUCUCGAAAUGUACGAAUACCUUCAGGCAAAAGGAGCCGAUUUGAGGUCAUCUGUCAAUCCACACAGCUUCUUCUUCCUGUGAACGAAACACAUUAUCUUUCAGCAUGUAAGUUAUUUACUCAGACUGUGAACUCUUAUUCUUUGCUUGAACUUAAAAAUUUGCUUAAGUAUUACACCUGUCUUGUAUAGAAAUUGUGCAUAUAAUCCAUUUAGAUAUUAUCAUUCUAGAGAAGAAUCUUUUAAUUAUUUGCUUAAUUUACUUAAAUUUCAAAGAUUUGAAGAUAAAAUUAGAGAUUUAUUACUUAAUAUUAAACAUUGGUUCAACAAAAAAGGUUGGUACCAAACUGUUAAUGAUGAAACAAUUUUAAAUUCUAAAAUAAAUACUAUUUGCAUUAUUGGCCCCCCAAAUGUGGGGAAAAAUUACUUUUGAAAUUGUUUUGCAGCCAUAGCUCUUAAUGUUGGCCACAUAGGCCGAGUUAAUAACAAAUGCAACCAAUUCGCACUUCAAGAAGUAAUUGAUAAAAGAUUAAUAAUAGGUAAUGAAAUUAACAUGGAAGGCGGUGCUAAAGAUGAUUUUAAAAAAUUAUGUGAAGGCAAAGCAUUAAGCGUAAGAGUUAAACAUUGCCCAGAUGGUAUAUAUAUAGGACUCCUGUGCUUCUGCUAUCUAAUAAUAAUUUAGAUAUUUGUAAUGAUCCAACAUUUAAAGAUGUACAUAUUAAAGUGUUUUACUGGAAAAAAUGUGAAUUACUUAAAGAAUCAUGUAAACAGCCAUACCCUAUGGCCAUUUUUGAUAUA